CUUUCCCUGUAUAGCCCCUUACCCUUCUGGCCCGGAGAGCCAGUCACUUCCCGCGAGCUGGACUGGCUGCGGCUGGGUCGCGCGGAGACGGGGCGCUUCCAGCCGGAGCAAGCCCCCGGCUCAGCAGCCCGGGCUGGUGUUGAAGGACACAGGAAGGGGCUGGAGCAACAGAGCAGGCUGCUGCGGAGGGUGCUGCUGGGAGGAAGGAGGCAGCUAUCGAGGAGAACAAAGAGCGAAGCUGGCUGCUGCUUGCAUUGGGGUCAGAGAGCCGUGCUGGGGGAGACCUGCAUUGCAACUUCCGAGAGGGGGGCUUUCUCCCCCAGGCUCUGCUCACCCCAGCCCUGAGCCGGAGACUGCGGCUGCCCUUCUUGCCCUGACAGGCUGCAGAGGAGCGUCCCUGUUUUAUGCCUGCUUGGCUCAGCCUCCCAUGGGACAGGGAAAGGGAAUGGCUGCAGUGGAGCCAGUUCAGGGGCCGGUGACAUUCGAGGAGGUGGCUGUGUAUUUCACCAAGGAAGAGUGGCCUCUGCUGGACCGUGCUCAGAGAGCCCUCUACAGAGAUGUCAUGCAGGAGAUCUAUGAGAACGUGACCUCGCUGGGGUUUCCAGUUUCCAAACCCGAUCUGAUCUCCCAGCUGGAACGAAGGGAUGAGAGAUGGGUCUCAGAUCUCCACGGCUCUGAAGAAAGAGAGAUUCUAAAAAGUGUCUGCACAGGUGAGGGGAUGGUGAAUGAGAAUGAGGAGCUGAAUCCUCAGCCAGAAGAGGCUGAGCAAGUGGAACUGCAUGGGGCAUUAGUGCAAAGAUCCCAGUUGAUUGUGUCCAGUAGUCGUGAGCAGGGAAAAGCCUGUAAGAGUCAGCACAGACCAGAGAGGCUGCAGGGAACCCAGCCAGGGGAAGAAAUGGGUAACUCCAUUAAUUAUCGGGGAGUUUACAAAGACUGCAAGGAAACCAGAGCCCAGAAGAGAAUCUCCCUGGGAGACAGAAACAACACAUGCACUGAGUGUGGGAAAAGUUUCAGUAGCCACUCACACCUUACAAAACAUGAGAGAAUCCACACAGGAGCCAGGCCCUAUGAAUGCUGUGAGUGCGGGAAAAGCUUCACUCUGAGCUCUCACCUUAUUAUACAUCAGCGAAUCCACACGGGAGACAGGCCCUAUAAAUGUUGUGAGUGUGGCAGAAGCUUCACUGACAGCUCAACCCUUAUUAGACAUGAGAGGGUCCACACAGGAGAGAGACCCUAUGAAUGCUGUGAGUGUGGGAAAAGCUUCACUCAGAGCUCAGCCCUUGUCACACAUCAGAGAAUCCACACAGGAGAAAGACCCUAUGAAUGCCAUAAAUGCGGGAAAAGCUUCAGUCGAAGCUCAACUCUUAUUACACAUCAGAGCAUCCACACAGGUGAGAGACCCUAUGAAUGCUGUGAGUGUGGGAAAAGCUUCAGUCAGAGCUCAUCGCUUAUUACACAUCAGAGAAUCCACACAGGAGAAAGACCUUAUGAAUGCUGUGAAUGCAGGAAAAGCUUCAGUUACCGCUCAGACCUCGUUACGCAUCAGAGAAUCCACACAGGAGAGAGACCCUAUAAAUGCUGUGAGUGCAGGAAAACCUUCUCUCGGCGCUCACAUCUUAUUACACACCAGAGAAUCCACACAGGAGAGCGACCCUAUGAAUGCUGUGAAUGCGGGAAAAACUUCCGUCAGCUCUCAGCCCUUAUUAGACAUCAGAGAAUUCACACAGGUGAGAGACCCUAUGAAUGCUGUGAGUGUGGGAAAAACUUCCGUCAAAGCUCAGCCCUUACUGCACAUCAGAGAAUCCAUACAGGCAAGACACCCUAGAGAUGUUCUUAGUGUGGGAAAAUCUUCCAUCAGAGCUCAGCCUUUAUUUAUCAUCAGAGAAUCAACAAACAAGACAAACACCAUUAAAACCUUGUCCAGGGCAGACAAUAAAAAUAUUUUCUUUAAUACUUUUACUAAUUACCACACAGUGAACUUUAAGGCUGCUUGAACCAUUUGUGUCACCAUGGUCCACCAGGCAAGCUGCUUGCUUUUGCUUUUUAAAGCUCACCAUUCUUUGGGGGUGAAUCUCUUUGAUCUUUCUAUCAACUCAUUUGAAUUAUGAGUCAUGGGAAUGUAUGUGUCCCUCCUACCAGGAAUCCCCAUCAGCCCCAGAUGGGGUAGAAAAGGGUGAAUUUUAAUGAAUCCAUAAAUUUGGGGGGGUCAUACCCUAUGACUGCAAAAUUGCUAAUAUAGAACCUAUUUUUAAGAAAGAGAAAAAAGUGUUCCAGGAAACUAGAGGCCUGUUAAUUUGGCCUCAAAUACAUGCAAGGUCUUGGAAUGAAUUUUGAAAGAGAAAGUAGUAAAGCACAAAGAGAUAAAUGGUAAUUGGGAUAAAAUAUAUCAUGGUUUUAUAACAUGGUAGAUCAUGCCAGAUGUAUCUAAUAGCUGUUUUUUUAGACAAAGGAAAUACAAUAGAUCUAAUCUACCUGGAUUUUGGUAAGGCACAAUUCCAUAUGGGGAAUUAUUAGUUAAAUUGGAGAAGAUGCAGAUUAACACAAGAAUUGAGAGGUAGAUAAAGAACUGGUUAAAGGAGAGACUACAAUGGGUCAUACUGAAAGGUGAACUGUCAGGGUGGAGGGAGGUUACUAGAGGUGUUCCUCAGGGAUCAGUUUUGGGACCAAUCUUAUUAAUGUUUCUAUUACUGACAUUGGCACACAAGGUGGGAGUGUGCUAAUAAAAUUUGUGGAUGACGCAAAGCUGGGAAGUAUUACCAAUACCGAGGACGCAAAUAUAAUACAUGAAGAUCUGGACGACCUUGAAUACUGAAGAAAGAGAAAUGGGAAGAAAUUUAAUAGUGCAAAGUGCAAGGGCAGGCACUUGGGGACUAAACAACAAGAAUUUUUGCCAUAAACUGGGGACUUAUCAAUUGGGAGCAACCAGAGGAAGAGAAAGACCUGGGUGUAUUGGUUGAUCACAGGAUGACUGUAAGUGGACAAUGUGAUGUGGCCAUGAAAAAGGCUAAUGCAAUCCUAGGAUGCAUCAGGUGAGAUAUUUUCAGUGUAGACAGGGAAGUGUUAGUACUAUUACACAAGGCACUGGUGAGUCCUCAUCUGAAUACUGUGUGCAAUUCUGGUCUCCCAUGUUUAAGAAAGAUGAACAGGUACAGAGAAGGGCUACUAGGAUGAUCCGAGAAAUGGAAAACCUAUCUUACGAGAGAAAACUCAAGGUGCUUGGCUUGUUUAGCCUAACCAAAUGAAGGCUGAGGGAGAUAUGAUUGCUCUCUAUAAAUACAUUAGAGGCAUAAAUACUGGGGAGGGGUAAGUGCCAAUGUUGAAACAAGAACAAAAGGAUACAAACUGGCCAUCAACAGGUUUAGGCUUGAGAUGAGAUGAAGGUUUCUAACCAUCAGAGGAGUGAAGUUCUGGAACAGCCUUACAAGGGGAGCAGUGGGG